AUGGGGAGUCCAGCAAGUCCUUCAAUUGCCAUCAUUGCAGUAGAUUAUGUUGUUUCAAUGGCGUUGACUCACCUUGACUUUGAAAUUCCGAUUAUUAAGUCGUAUGUUGAUGAUCUCUUCGCAGUGGUUCCAAAGGAUAAAGUAGACAGCAUCUUAGGUGUGUUUAAUAGUAUUGACAAGGACAUCCAGUUUACCUUGGAAGUUGAGAAUAACGGGAAGUUGCCUUUUUUGAACAUACUAAUAGAAAGAUCAGAAGAUGGUGAUCUUAUAACUUCUUGGUUCAAGAAACCGUACAGCUCAGGAAGAAUUUUGAAUUUUAAUUCCAAUCAUCCAUUGAGCCAGAAAUUGGGGGUUGUAAAAGGGUUUUUGAACAGAGCCAUGCGUUUGAGUCUUGUGAACAAGACCAAGGAAAGUAUUCGCAUGGUUAGAAGAUUACUGUCAUCUAACAAUUAUCCAAACAAGGUCAUCAGCAAGUGUGAGAAAAUUGUGUCCGAGAGGAUUAGAAACAACAUCAGGAGCAACAAUGUCAACAGGAAUUGGUCGUUUAGCAGAUUUCCCUACAUAAAAGGCUUGUCACCAAGACUGGGAUCUUUAUUUAGGCACACCAACUGCAAGUUGGUAUUCUAUAAUGUAUUCAAGGUUAAGGAUCUAUUUUCCCGGCUAAAAGACAAAGUGGAGAAAGAAGAUAGAUCUGGCCUGGUAUACAGGAUUCCGUGCUCGUGUGGGAAAUGGUACGUUGGACAGACCAGGCAAAAAUUAAAAGCCAGAGUGAGACAACACAAACUUGACUGCAGACCUGAGAAGUCCAUAAAAAACAACAAAACAGCAUUAGCGGAACAUCACUUUGUUGAGGAUGGUCAUAACUUUCAGUUCGAGGAUGUUGAGAUUUUAGAUCUGGAGAAAAAUUACAUGAAGAGAAACCUAAGCGAAAUGAUUUUUAUUAAGGCGAUGAAUUGUGUCAAUUUUAGAUCCGACACGCAAAACCUCAGUACAAUUUACAGUGACCUGAUAAAUGAUGUUAAGGAUUUAGUGAAGUCAUAG